AUGUCUUCAGAAGAAUCGAAACCUUCUCGACGGUUCUUGAUCCAGAUGCCAGGGGCACCAGGAUCAAAUGCUCUAGGCACGACAAAGGCCACCACCGAGACCCUCCUAUUCAUGUCUCUCAAGGCUACCGCUACGGAGCAAGCCUACUCAGAGCUUUGGCAACGUGUGGAAAGCAGACUCAAAGAGGGUCACAAUGUCGUCAUAGACUGUAACAGGAGCUACGAGGAGACGAUGAAACGAGGAACAGCGCUGGCAAAAACGUACGGUUUUGAGUACUGGUACAUCGACUGCACAUCCCAGACUGAUGUCGCUGAGCUGGAUGAGACGACGCCGGCUUGGGUGGCGUUGAGCCUUCCGACUGACCGUGAUGCAGCUCACGGAAGCGAGGACAAGAACGCGCCGUUUCAGAAAUGGCUCGACGACCCGAGUCGGCCAAAGGAGAAUGUCAUUGUGGUUGAUACCUCAAAGAGCCCAGACGAUUGCCUGAAGCAGAUACUGAAGGCGAUAGGACCAAGGGAGUGA